AUGGACGACAUGGUGGACCCCCUGUCGGACUGCAGCCCCCUCAUCAGUGCUGCGGCCGGCGGCCGACUCCGUCUGGUCCGCCUGCUGGUGGAAGGAGGGGCUCAGGUGAACGGGCGCAACUCCAGAGGAGAGACGGCCCUGCUGGCCGUCUGCAAGGCCCUGAGAGGGGAGCCUGCCGGGCCCCAGACCGUUAAACUCCUCUCAUACCUGCUCGGGAACAAGGCGGAUCCUAAUGCACAGGACUGGUGCGGCCGCACGGCUCUGAUGUACGCCUGCAUGGAGCGAGCCGGGGCUCAGGUGGCGUCCGCCCUGCUGUCCGCGGGCGCUGACCCCAGCACGGAGGACCACUCAGGCGCCUCGGCUCUGGUCUACGCCAUCAACGCUCAGGACCAGCCCACACUGAAGGUGUUGAUGGACGCGUGCCAGGCCAGGGGUCGAGACAUCAUCAUCAUCGCCACGGAGACGGGUGUGAACGGCGGCGCGGUGACCAGACGGUACCUGAACGUCCCCCCGACCCCGGACAGCUCGCCGGUGUCCUGCAUGUCCCCGUCCGACAUCGUGCUGAAGACAGGACCGGCCAACUCUCCCGAAGGAGAAAACGUCUUCAACUUCAGAGGAACCAGUGGGUGGAGCUCGUCGUCUGAGAGGAAGCGCGAGAAAAAGCCUCACUUCAUAUAUCACAAGCCAAACAAGAAGCACGGACAACGCAAAUGGGGCGGCGGCGGCGGUGGCGGCGGCAGCAGACAUCCCAUCAGUGAGAGGAGUCCAUCCAGCCAGUGCAGCAUUCCUCCUCCCAGGCAGAGGAUAUCAUCCGAACCUUGGCUCGCCAUUCACAACCUGGCCUGCCUGAGCAGGGCUUACAGGGAGGGCAUGAGGGAGAGGAGCCUGCAGGAGGCGGCGAGCAGAGAGGAUCUGGAGCCGGGAGGGGAAGAGGAUGAAGACAAGCAGCCCGGUGUUUGUAAAGAGGGGCGGCACGGCCGGGUUCAGAGGAGGGAUAGCGGAUAUGCAGGGGGGAAUUACAGCAGCUGCAGGGAGGAUUGUUCUCUGAGGGCUUCUCAGUCUGUCCUCUCGCUCAAUGAGAUCCGCUCAUCUCACGCGCAGUGGAGCGGCGGCGGCGCCCUGGUGAGGUGCGUGACGCCCGACAGGAAGCUGCCCGCCCGCCCGUCCCCUCUGCUCCACCUCCCUCCACUAGGAAACCAAUCAGGCCCCCACCUUCAGGUCCCAAACAGAGCUCCCCUCUCCAAAAGCAGAAGCAUGGUGUUCCUGCCUCACCCGCCUGGCUCCUCCCCUCCGUCAUCCACCUGCAGAGCAUCACCGAGGCCAGUGGCCCUCCCCCCGCUGGCCCUCGCCUCCUCCCUCUCCUCCUUGUUCGCACCACCCAGAGGUUCACCGCGUCGUCACUCUGUGCAACUUGAGAUGAGCAGAGGAGCUCAUGAGGACGUUGACCCUGACUUUACUUCUAAACAUCUGUGA